AUGCCCUCUGGAUACGACUGCUCUGGACCGCGUUCUCCUAUAUCAGUCGAUAACGACAUCACUGGCAGUGGGGUCAUUGCAAACUAUGUUGCGACAGCCGGGUUCGCAGUGCUACUCAUUAUCAUAUACUUCCUUGUGAUUUACGAUCCAGCUUUGGAUCCUUUCAGGAAGACAGACCAAGACCCUUUGUACCAGUCGUUUCGCCCCAACCCAGUAGACGAUCUCGUUUUGCGGACUGUUCGGCAUAUACCUAAACAGCUGUUGGGUGCUCGCAAGGUGCGUAUCAAUUCUCAGGUUGAGAAAUGCUUUAUUGAGUGUAUCAUUGCAAUGAGUGACCUCCAGAUAGUAACUGGGCUUUCAAUACUCAUAAGUGGAUAUGCGCAACUUCAUCGGGGCCUUUCAUCCUACCACUGGAUGGUUAUCGUCGACCUGGCCUGGUUUUCCAGCCUCACUCAUUUGGCCUGCCUAACAAUUCUCCGAAACUACCUGUACAAUCACUCGCGUCAGCGUAUGUGGAGGCUGCUUUGUAUGGCUGUUCUUGUCAUACUCCUUACCGUGGCACUCUCAUUCACGGGAGGAUAUGAUUGGACUUCAGGGUACCUGGACUACCUGGACAUACAGGGGGUGCUGAGUAUAAUCGACCCUGCGAUGUGUCAUUUGAGCUCGAAUUCAAGAUCAAGCAUGGCAUACUACGCAAUGAUCGUCUCGAUACUUCUGAUAGUAUUCGGGUUUGUGGCCCGUAUAAUCAAGCUGCAUAAGACUAUCUCCGUCGAUGUUUGGGGAAAAUACAGAGUCAAACUUAGCAUACAAUCCCGCCGUGUGCUAAGUAUUGCCUUCACUUGGUGCUGCUCGACUAGCCCUAGGAAGAGCCUGAAAAAUACGCUUCUCUACCGUCCUCUGCUGACGAUGUUUUUGUUGGGACGUAUAUUCCUAGAUGGCUGGUCCUCGAUUUCUUUGGAAGGUCCCGAUGAAGGAGACAAUAAUUGGGGAUUUGGGCAGGUUGUGGCCCUGGUUUUACUGGUUGCACCUCUGAUCACAAUCAUGAAAUACUUCACUCACGGUACACCCCACACUUUCUUUGCGAAGAUAUUUGACCCGGAUGAUAUUAACGGGAUAUACUUAGACAAUCAAGAGAUCCCGGCAGUAGUCACAAGCUGCAGUGAUGAUACUAUUCACAGAGAAUCAUAUUUUGAGUCCCAAAUCAUUCGUCUCACUGCUUCUCCUUUCAGACAUGAACCCCCUAGACGGCGAGAUGAUCCUAAUAGCGACUGGAAUGACCAUACUCAAACUCUCGGGGCAGUAAUAAUAUAUCUCAUGCUUAUGUGUUGCGUCAUAUUGUUAUUCGUCUGCACACUUUACAAUAAAGGCAAUGUUCUAGAGAACUUACUAUCUCAUUACUCGAUUGUUAUCAUGGCAUUCAUUGGACUCUGGGGCGUUGCUCUUUUUUCAUUGACAAUUGAACUAGAUCUGUGCCGUCUUUCUUUACGAUCACGAAGGUUCCUGCACUUUGUGAAUAUUCUGUUCUUUUUGUCUUCUGCGAUCAUCUCCGCUGUUAUGUUUUUCCCUUAUUUUUGCGCUUACGGGGCCGCUGCUGCGUUCUAUAUCUUGUGUGUUGUCCUCUAUCGGAUUCUAGGAUCAACAUCCUGA